AACACCUCUGAAUUGAGCCGAAGUGGCAGUUCAGGUGGCAAAACAGAACCUCUCUUAUCUUCUUAGUAAGAACUACGACGAAGUAACAACAAUGGUGGCGGGAACUGCAACCUUGAAGCUUAGCCUCUCCGCUUUUUCUUCUCCUAUGUCAAAUUUCAGCGCUUCCUCUUCAUUCCCCUCUCUUCUCCCAAUGCGAACCCCUUCUUCUUCUAAACCUCGAUUUCUCAGGAUUUACGCCUUGACCAGCAACGACAUCAAGGUCGGCACUAACCUCGAAGUCGAUGGUGCUCCUUGGCGUGUGUUAGAGUUUCUUCACGUUAAGCCGGGAAAAGGCGCGGCGUUUGUCAGGACCAAGAUGAAGAAUUAUAUUACGGGGAACACGGUGGAGAAAACAUUUAGAGCGGGAAGCUCGAUUGAGCAAGCAGAUGUAUUCAAGGAAACAAAGCAGUUUACAUAUAAAGAUGGUGCUCAAUUUGUCUUCAUGGACUUGAAUACAUAUGAGGAGUUUCGUCUGGGUGAAAAGGAAAUUGGAGACAGAACAAAGUGGCUAAAAGAAGGAAUGGACUGCAAUUUGCUGUUGUGGAAUGGAAAAGUUAUUGAUGUUGAACUCCCUAUCACAAUCAAGCUUGCUGUAGUUGAUGUGGAUCCAGGACUUAAGGGUGACACAGCCCAAGGUGGAACAAAACCAGCCACACUCGACACCGGCGCUGUUGUCAAUGUCCCACUCUUUGUAAAUGUCGGUGAUGAAAUAUUGGUUGAUUCAAGAACUGGGCAGUACAUGAGCCGUGCUUAAGAUUUCACCUCAAAUUUUGUAGUUGAAGUCCUGAGAAUUCUCGUUUAUUUUUUUAUUUUGUAGGAUAUAAUUUACCAAUUGAGAUGGAUUAAGUUCAUUAAGCUUAGCAAUUUGGCUGUGUUUUAUAACACAGUUAAAAUUGUUUGUAGUUUAUUUGCGAAACUGAAGCUCUUGCGGUGCAUAAAGUUUUUAUAAAAAAAAGCCAGCCAUUAUUAACCUUUGUUCCAUUGUUUCUUGCGAUGAACAAGAAAGAAUAAACUGAUACAGUUCAUAGUGU